AUGGCCACGGACCACGACAGGGCCGCCGGCAACGGCAAGCUGGGCACUGUCUCCGGCGUCUAUAUCCCCGUCUGUCUUAACAUCCUAAGCAUCCUCAUGUUCCUCAGGUUUGGCCAAAUCCUGGGGCAAGUUGGCUUCAUCGGCAUCUUAGGUCUUCUUCUCGCCGCCUACUGCAUCGAUCUGCUCACCGUCCUGUCCCUCUCCGCCAUUGCCUCCAAUGGAGAAGUCAAGGGCGGAGGCGCCUACUACAUGAUUUCGAGGUCUCUGGGCCCGGAAUUCGGGGGCUCGAUCGGCAUCUUGUUCUACUUGGCCCAGGCUCUGAAUACCGCAAUGAACAUUGUUGGUCUCAUUGACUGCCUUAGACUCAACUUGGGUCCUAUGUUCCCUCAGGGAUAUUGGUCCGGCUAUGGGCUUCAGACAGCUGCCUUGAUGAUGUGUACAGGUCUUUGUCUGCUUGGCUCCUCAGCCUUUGCAAGGGCCUCAAAUGCACUGCUCAUUAUUCUUACCGUCGCCAUCAUGAGCAUUCCGGUGUCUGCCAUCUUCAAGGCCCCGUUCGAAGAUGCUACAGCUGGGAUCGAAUUUACAGGCAUCAGCAUCGAUACCCUGCUUGGCAACUUCGCGCCACGAUCUUCCGAGAGCAGCUAUGAGGGCAUCAAAACAUUUCGUAGCCUCUUUGGCGUUCUCUUCCCAGCGACUUCGGGCAUAUUUGCAGGAGCUUCCAUGUCUGGGGAUCUACGCAAUCCAAGCAAGGCGAUUCCGAAUGGAACGCUAUGGGCCACCCUCACAACUUUCAUCGUUUACUUCAUCGUCAUCAUCUCCAUGGCUUCGGCUACCACCCACGAGUCUUUCCUCGCCAACGACAAUGUUAUUUCCCUGACAAGCUUGUACGCUCCUCUCAUCCUAGCCGGCGAAUGUGCCGUUACCUUCUUCUCGGCCCUUAUGGGAGUCAUCGGCUCCGCCAAAUUAUUUCAAGCGCUUGCUCGCGACAAGCUCCUCCCGGGCCUGUCGCUCUUUGGAAGGGGGUCCAGAAGUGGCGAUGAGCCUUUCUAUGCUAUAUUCUUGACAUAUUGCAUUGCUCAAGUUGCUCUUUUUGCGGAUCUAAACCAGAUCGCUACACUCAUCUCGAUGGGCUACCAGAUGACGUUCUUUGUCAUGAACCUCGCUUGCUUUCUCUUGAAGAUCGGGUCCGCUCCUAACUUCAGGCCAAGCUUCACCUUGUUCAGUGCGGAAACUGCUUUCCUUGGAAGCCUCACGUCUGCGGCGGCAAUGUUCUUCAUCGAUGAAACAUAUGCUUCGACAGCAAUCUGCGCUCUUGUUCUGGUGUUCCUUCUGAUUCACUACCUCUGUCCGCCGAAGCACUGGGGCGACGUCUCCCAAAACCUCAUCUACCACCAGGUCAGAAAGUAUCUACUAAGAUUGAAACCCGAGCAUAUCAAGUUCUGGAGACCGCAGAUUAUUCUCCUCGUCAACAACCCACGGCGGCAGGCCAAAUUGAUUCAGUUUUGCAACUCUCUCAAGAAGGGCUCGCUUUACAUUCUGGGCCAUGUCAUCGUGACCGAUGACUUCCAUUCGGGAGUUCACGAGGCGAAAUUGCAGCAAGCAGCUUGGACACGGUACAUAUCCGAGUUCUCCAAGAUCAAAGCAUUUGUGCAGCUCACAAUGUCGCCAUCUAUCAACUGGGGCAUCAGAAACCUCAUCUUAUCGUCGGGUCUCGGCGGCAUGCGCCCCAAUAUCGCCAUCAUGGGGUUUUACAACAUGGACGACCUACGAAGAUCGAGCCAUCGACUAAGGGUGCCAGAUAUUCCAAUGGCUCCGGCUUCCCAGAUGAAAAGGCCGCCAAAGUCACAGGGGAAGGCAGCCAGGAGGCGUCGCGGAGAUACUUCCGCCCAGAUGUUGAAAGGCUUCCUCCCCACUGAUGCAAUCCGUACAGAAGACAUGAUGUCCCCUACAGAGUACAUGACAGCUCUAGAGGACCUGGCUCUGGUUUAUCGACUAAACGUGGCUGUUGCGUACGGAUUCGACAGCUUGGAAACGCCUCGCAAGGACGGGCUCAACACGAAAAAGUACAUUGAUCUGUGGCCCAUCCAAAUGUCUGCCGAAGUAUCUGCCGAGGGCAGGAGCAUGUUGACAUCCAACUUUGAUACUUACACGCUUAUCCUGCAACUGGGUCAUAUUCUUCGCAGCGUCCAUGACUGGAAACGAGUAUUCACCCCACGGGUCAUGGUCUUUGUCGAAUACGAAAGCGAGGUCGAGGAGGAAAUGGCCCGAGUUCAGACACUCCUAGAGAAGCUGCGUAUCGAUGCUGAGGUCCGAGUCUUCUGGUUGGCUUCCGGGCAGCUGGACACUUAUGAACGCAUCAUCAACGGCCGAGGUAGUAGCUUGGACUGCGAAAUUGUCGUUGGCGACGCACUGAGAGACGAAGAAUGGUGGAAUGACUUGGAAGACUUUCGCGGGAAAUCCGAGCCCAUGACAACAAGCCAGGAAUUCUCGCACAUGGUGCACAUUCUGACCUCAACCGCCGGACGGCCAGGAGUCUACAACCCGCACGAAGAGCCGGAGUCACAGCGCAGGCGGUCCAGCAUCGUGGGUGUUCCCGGCAUGUCCAAGAGGCCGAAUAUUGGCUCUUUAUCCAAAAUGGGCAUCAACAUCGGAAUGCACACCCAUCAUCUGAAUGAAGAGGUCUUUGAGGACACGAAUUCGGAAUACGAAAGCGGCAGUGAUACAGAGACCAUAGACCUGUUAGGAUCAGUCCUAGAUCCAUCACUACGAAGAAUGUCAUCCUCAAACUUUCCACAAGCGCCGCCGUCCCCUCCAAGGACGGGCAGGAAUGAUUCUCUGGGCCUGGCAGCUGGGUCGGCAUACUACAUGAAUGGCAAUGCCCAAGAUACCCCGUCAUACGGCACAAUGUCAACGUCCCGAGGCUUCUCGCAAACUCACAGCAGGCAAGACUCCAUCGCCACGCCAGCCUUUAGACGAAUUCCAGAGUCAUCCGCAGCUCGCUUUUCAAGCCGGCCGGUUCCCGAGAUGAGAAUCACGACAGAUGAGACAGGGUCGAGGAUCGGAUUCGCUACGACGAAUUCCUCCAGCCCUGUAACCCCAAAGACUGAUCGCCCGACGUGGUCAAGACAAUCUUCAUUGGGAAAGUUUUCCAAUCAGCCGCUGCCAGGAUCAAGGAGUACCCAGGGAGGAGGUGUGCGAGCCAUUUCAUGCACCGAGCAGCCAACGUACUAUCCACGCUCAAGCACACAGACGCAGUCUCGGUUCCGCUCUUCGCAUUCUCGGCGCGAAUCGCACGCUUCUCCUCUUGACCAAGGAGACUUGAGCUUGAACAUGCCCGAGCUCGAGCAAUCGUACAGAUUCGAUAGGGACACGAAUUAUACAGACGGUGCUCCCUACUCGACGCAGAGUGUUGCUUUAUCCUUCAACGAUCUGCCCAGUCGAGCGCAGCACCUCAUCCUCAACGAAUUGAUGCGGCAGAAUUCGAAGAACACGGCCGUUUUGCUGACGACACUCCCUAUACCCAUUGAGGGGACAUAUCGGGACACUGACCGGACGAUUCAGUACCUUUCGGACGUCGAGCUUCUGUGCCACGACUUGCCGCCUACUCUUUUGGUGCUGAGCAAUAACAUGACGGUCACGGUGAGCUUGUAG